AUGAAACAGCUGAUUAUGGAAGACUCUGGAGAAUAUCGCCUUCGAGUUAUUACUAAUAAAGAUGAUGUGUUUUCUGGCCGACCUGGAGUCAUUCUUAAAGUUACAGACCUGCAGGUUAGAAUUACUGAAGGCUCAGUGGCAUCAGGAGGCGCAGUAACUCUGACCUGUAGCACGACCUGCACCCUGCCAGGGAAUCCCACCUACAUCUGGUACAAGAACGACCAGCCGGUAACCAACAUGCCCACCAAGUACAACAAGCUCUACCUGAAGUGCAGCACAGACGCAGGAAACUACUCCUGUACCGUUGAGGGACGUGAGGAUCUCCGCUCUGCUGCUAAAACCGUGAGAUCAUGUGCUGUAGGGUUUGGUCCUGAACAUCCAGAACCGGACUCCAGUGGGAAGUAUGUAGCAGUGGGCAUGGCAGUCGUUCUGGUUUUAAUAAUCAUUGCAGGAGCUCUGUUCAUCUGCAAGAGGAAGACCAGGUCAGCCGAGAAGCACAUCAAAACUGAGGUCAAGGAACCACAGACUGGACAGUCUCUUCAGGAUGAAGUUCACUACUCCAGCAUUCAGUUCCUACCAUCCAGCACUCACCGAGCGCCGCUGUCCACGGGUGCCAGAUCUCCUCGGGACAACACUGAGGAAGAGCGCGUCCAGUACGCCGUCGUGAAGUUCAUCAGAUAGAGACACCGCUGCCACCUGGGUCAUGUGAUUACACACCGGGCACCUCAGAUAUGAAAUGAAAACGAUCGGCUCAGUACCAGUCGCACCACCGCCCUGAUCAGGAUGAAGUGGUUGUUGAAGUGAAUUAAUAAGGUUAAUUGGUUGAUGUUUUAAUGAAUUACUAAUAGAAAUAUAGAGAGAAUGUCAUUUUUACAAAAGCAGUGUCUUUUUAUGGCUGGUUAGUUCAGGUUUUAUGCAUAUUUACACAUAGAAAAAGUCGAAAAUAGUGAAAACUAUUAUAC